CCUCAAUCAUGAGACUUCCUCAGUCGCUACUUCUGCUGGCUGUGGCCGGGUCUGGAGCCCGAGCUAGCAGCGACAAAACUGCUCGUCCUCGGGGUGUGGCCCCAGAAUUUGCCAAGUACUAUCAGGAUUCAAACACGUUCACUUGUAUCUCGAAUCCCUCCGUCCAGAUCCCCUUCUCCGCCGUCAACGAUGACUUCUGCGAUUGUCCGGAUGGCAGUGACGAGCCCGGCACUUCAGCUUGCUCGCAUCUCUCACACAACUCUCCCCUAACGGUCGCGGAUCGGCUUGGAAACAGCGAGGGAGAAAUUGAGGCCGCAUUGCCUGGAUUCUACUGUAAAAACAAGGGCCACCGGCCAUCAUUCGUGCCGUUCCAGCGCGUCAACGACGGAAUUUGUGAUUAUGAGCAAUGCUGUGACGGAAGUGACGAAUGGGCUCGCGUCGGAGGUACCAAGUGCGAGGACCGCUGCAAGGAGAUUGGCAAACAAUGGCGGAAGCAGGAAGAGCAGCGCCAAAAGUCCAUGACUGCUGCGCUGAAGAAGAAGAAGGCUCUCCUGGUGGAUGCUGGGCGUCAGCAGAAGGAAAUUGAGGACCACGUCCUCCUCCUGGAGGCCGAGAUCAAGGGUGCCGAGGUUAAAGCGGAGGCUCUCGAAGCCGAACUGAAGACUGUCGAGGAGGCGGAGCGCAAGGUUGUCCGGACCAGUGGCAAGGGCAAGGGCAAAAUCAAUGCUCUUGCAGGUAUCGCAAAGACUCGAGUUGAUGAGCUUCGCGAGGCUCUGCUGGAGGUUCGUCAGCAGAGAGACGAGACUCAAUCGCGGUUGAAGGAACUCGAGGAGGUCCUGUCCAAGUUCAAGAUUGAAUACAACCCUAACUUUAACGAUGAGGGUGUCAAGCGUGCUGUGCGCAGCUGGGAGGAUUAUGCCGCCCGUGAAAAGACAGAAAUUGCCAAUCAAGCGCGGGACCGUGACUUGGAUGAGAUUGCCAAGGCUGAUGGUGAGGACUCGGGAAUCAACUGGGAGCACUGGGAGAACGAAGAGGAUGGCUGCAAUGACUCUGACUUGGCUUGCAGCUUAUCUCCCCCAUCUCUUGUCGAGUUCAUUGAAGGCAAGGUUCUCUCUUUAAGGUCCUUCUUGGAAUCCAGCGGCAUCUUGGCCAAGCCCGAAGGGGACUCUCCUUCAGAAUCCAAGGCCGUGACCCAGGCGCGCGACGCUCUCAAGUCCCAGGAAGACACCCUGAGAGACUUGAAGAACAAGCUCCGCGACCAACGGGCCGAUCUCGAGAAGGAUUAUGGCCCUGCAGGUAUUCUCCGUGCCCUCAAGGGCCAAUGCAUCUCCAAGGACGCAGGCGAGUAUACCUACGAGCACUGUUUCCUGGAAGAUACGAAGCAGAAAUCCAAGAAAGGCGGCUCCUCCACUUCCAUGGGCAAGUUCUCUCGAAUCAGCUCCACGGUCGUUGAGGAGCUCAACGAGGCUGGCGAGAUUGUUUCGAUUGAGAAGGUUGCGAUCGAGUAUGACCGCGGCCAGCACUGCUGGAACGGACCUAACCGGUCUACCAAGGUUGUCCUGGAGUGUGGUGAGGAGAAUGAGAUCUUGAAAACGGCCGAAGAUGAGAAGUGUGUCUAUUCCAUGCUUGUGACUACCCCGGCAGUUUGUCCUGGUGGCGACGAGGAUGGCAAUGCUCCUCGCUCGAAGGAUGAGCUAUGA